UGGGGGAGCAUUCUACGCAUGCGCAGUGAGUUCAACAUGGCUGCCUUUGCCUCGAGGUUGUAAUUCGAGGUCUCUGGUCUGCUUGAAAGUAACUUCUCGACAGAGAAGACGAAUUAGGAAUAUCUAAUUACUUCUCUUCCCUCCAUUAUGGUUCAAUUGGGGCGGCCCCUCUUGAAGCAGUACUACAACCUCCACGUCGUCAUCCGCUUUGCCCUCGGGGGCUGCGCCAACAGGCCGUACUAUCGGAUCGUUGCCGCGCACAACAAGCGGGCCCGGGAUGGCAAGUACUUGGAGCAGGUCGGCUGCUACGACCCGCUCCCCAAUGACCACGGGGAGAAGAUCGUGGGCUUGAACAUCGAGCGGAUCAAAUACUGGAUCGCCAGCGGGGCCCUCCUCAGCAAACCUAUGGAAAAACUUUUAGGGCUGUCUGGGUUCUUUCCUCUCCAUCCCAUGACCAUCACAAAUGCGGAAAGAGCGAAGAGGCGAAGAGCCCGGGAGGCCGAAAGGGCUGCUGCGGAGGAAGAGCCGGUUGCCAUCAAAGAGUGAAACCCAAAUGGACAUUUGCAAAGAACUUUCCGUAUCCGCUCAAAGGGCAGAAGUGCUGCAGGAGACUCAGUUCCCGGAGUUUGAAGAGUUGUAGUACUUUAUUACAACGAGGAUUUAAAACAGUUUGAUUCUUCACUGGACGGUUCUGUGUACAUUUCUGCAGAUUGUGAAAUACUAAAAAGGAUAUUAAAAACGGGACACUUGAGAUUA